UAUACAGAUGGUAAACCAGCUGCUUACUCUGCAUUACACAUACAUUGCUUUAAUAAUGCUCUAUGACAAGAAAAAAAAACCUUCCUUCUCACUGUCUUUUUACAUCACAUUAGUUAUCAAUGGGUUAAUAAUACCGUCCAUGUAAAGAUGCACUGUAAGGUAGCCGUUACUGGGUGCUGUGGGGCCAUGUGGUGAGAACUGAUAAACUCAGAGCACUGUCUGGAUUGCACCAGCACCAUUGGGAAAUCAGUUGUCUUCCUGAUGGGUAGAUCAUGGGGGGGCGGAAUCUGUCAGCCAAAGGGAGGGGACAGAUAGUAAUAUAGAUGAUGACCCCCAUCCUGGUCUUCUUCACAUCAGAUGUGCAUACAGCAUCAGGUGUAAUAGCCAUCUCCAGGGACUGAAACAGAAAACACACACAGCUGUCGUAAACUGUUUAUGUAGAGAAUACAUUUUCAGCAGAAGUUCCGUACAGAGCGUAAAUAUAAGAGGACUCCUGGGCAAAGAAUGUCUCAGAACAGCUACUAUGAGUGUGAAAAACGAGGUUCAGGCUAUCCUUCCCGUAUGGGAACAUCUCAAGCAGAGAUUGUAGGAGGCAAUCUCUGUGACCCUGAGACCUCUGUGGAUCUAUCCACAUACAUCGAGUCAGGAGAGGAACUUUUGUCGGAUCUGUUUGCUAUGAAGCAGGAACGACUUAAAGCAUCAUAUCAAUAUCUGCCCUCAGAAGGCUUACCGACAACUGCUCUGUAUGGAUACCCACAUGGCAUGGUGCCAGAACGUAGAAUAGGAGGAUAUGAGUCUGGAGGAGUGAUUGUGAAGGAGGAGACACGAGGAUCACAUAGAACCAUGUGCAAUACUCUACAGUACCAGGCCGCACAAUGUGCACAGACAGCAAUGCAUCUUCCUCCUCAGAUGGAGGGAGUACACCCUGCACUACGCGUGUUGAAGGGUUCUCUGUCUGGGAUGUUACCUGCCCCUCCAUUAAAAGAACAAAGUCAUAAGGGUAAGAAGUCACUGAGUAAGGACAGCAUGGAGUAUCGCCUGCGUCGUGAAAGAAACAACAUUGCUGUCCGUAAAAGCCGUGAUAAAGCCAAACGGAGGAACAUAGAAACUCAACAGCGGGCUCUAGAAUUCAUGGCAGAGAAUGAAAAGCUACGCAACCGUAUCCAACAGCUAAAUCAAGAGCUUGAAGCAUUGAAAGGGGUUUUCAGGCAAAUCCCAGAAGCUGCUGCAUUGGCCAAGUCAUCUGGAGCAUGCAGCUGAGAAUGUAUAAAGAAUAUGGUAUGGCUACGAUUAUGCUCCACUCAAAGACUCACAAACAUAGAUACAAGGAAGAUUCCCUCACAGAGAUUGCAGUUGUAUUUUACCUUGAGAGACAUUACCAACAGAUUUAUACAUGUAUAAGUGUUCGUGUGAGGCUAAUACCUGCCACAUGACUAACAACCUUCAUUUCUUAAAGAGGUACUCCACUGGAAAACAUUAUUUUUUUAUCAACUGGU